AUAAUGAAAUGAUUUGAUGAAAAUUUAGGAAGAUAACACAGCAGUCGUUUCUCUGUGCCAUACGAAAAAUUGCAUAGUUUCGUAUUUUCCCCUUUACCACACUGAAUUUUACUCAAUAACAUAGCAAAAUUCAUGCGCCCACCAAUUAUAUGAGGCGUUGCGAGUAUAAACAUGAAAAUCAACCAGUGGCUCAUAGUAAAAUUUCAAGCUUUUUCUCCGGUCCAAUUCACCAAUUUUUAACAUUUCGCCAAAGACACGAGUGACAUUCAGAUAUCGAUUCAUCGUUCAAUGUAAGAAUGUCGUUGAGCUAAAUUUUGCCUGUCGUACAUAGUAAAAUUUGAGAGAACUGCUUUCGGCAUCAAAAUUACUAUACACUUUGGUGAAAUGUAGUGGAAUGGCGAUAUAUAGAACAGCGCUGCUACAAAACAUAGCAAACUUUUCUAGCAAAUUCAUCCGAAAUAUUUGUAUAAAAGUCUCUACGUGUAAAUGUGGUACACCGUAAAAAAACCUUCACAAAAGUAGUGCGAAGAAGUAAUUACCUUCAAAUUUAGCAUUCAACAUCGCACAUUAUCUGCCCUGUGCAUGGGUUCUCCAAGAGGCUUUUCAAUUCAUCGUUCUAUUUCAGAGUUUCAUGUAAUUAGUCGAUAGUUCAACUCACGAUAUUGUAAUUUGAAAUUAAUUGAAAAGCUACUAAUCUCGUACCUUGUGACAUUUCAAUUUACAUUUGAAUGAUAAUUUUUACAAUAUUCAAAAAUGUACUUUAUGAUCAUACCUAAUUACUUAGACUUAUUAUACACGAGACCCAAAUAUUUGCAACAUUAUAAUGCAAUUGACGAACUUUUGUCCAGCGAUUAGUUUUGUUGUGACGAUUGAAACGAGUGCGGUACUUUAUGAAAAAUGAACGAAUCGUCAUCUACGAAAUCUGAAUCGUUUGCAAUUUUAUAUAGCCGCUUGCUAUUAUCCCGCCUUUUAAAUAGCCGUACAAAGUUUCACGAUAUGAGUGAAAGAAGGUAAAAAAAAACGAUCAAAUUCCUUUUCAUUGCCCUAAAAGGGGGAAAGAAAAUAUUGUAGGUUAAUUGGCAAUGAAAUCGAUAAAAAAAAAACUCUGAAAUUGAAAAGCCGAAGAAUAAAGCUACUGCGAGAACACGACACGCUACCCUGAUACGUGAUGACAGGCUGCUUGGAGCAAUUGAAACUACCGGAGUAUUAAAGAUAACGAUCACUUCGAUAAAAACACAAAGUACGAGUCCAAUCGGCAUGGGAAUAAAAUAGUGCGUUAGUAAGUUCGAAAAUAUUGGCAAAUAUAAAAUAUGGAGAUAGUGUAACCCGUGCGUGACAGAUUGUACACUGAUAUGAAAAAGUAACUACUUUUAUGCAGCUCCUAUCAUUCUUAGAAAGGAAUGUUGGAGAAGUUUUCUAUCCAAAGUCAUCGCAUGUUAUGAUUUAAGUGAGCCAUUCCAUGACUCGAGAGGAUUGUAAAUAUUUAAAAUAUUUUAACUACCCUGCAAUCGCUCGUGUUUGUCACUUAUGGUAGUCGCUGGUAACGCUUUUUGCCGUACGGAUGAACCUUCUCACUCAGUGGAACGCCACAAAUCUUUCUGUGAACACUCGAGUCAGUGCAACUUUUAUAAUAAUCCUUGAGACAUCAUGGACAAGUUCCGCUUUUGGCUGAUCGUGCUGCUUCUACGAUUCGGAGGGAUGACACUCGUGAAUGGAAAAGGAUUGCCGCUGUUCGCUGGAACGCCUGAUCUCGCCGGAAUAACGGGAAAAAUCAUCAGUAAUUGCUAUAGCGAGCGAGUUAAGGAAAUCGGUUUGGCCGGUACAUUUUCCGAUUCGUUUUUCACCACCGUGACGUCAGGCAUUUAUCCAUUCAGUACAGUUUUGCUGAACGACGACACUAAUGAUCGUUCACCACAAAACGGUGAAGUGCCGUUAAUGAUGCGCUACAAAUUACAAGUCUUCGCGGUCGCGGUAACGUCAUCUUCCGAGCUCAAAGAGACUCUCGUUCGGAUAAGCAAUUCCAGGUGGUGGAAUCACAUGGCUAAAUUUUAUAUAUUUGACUCGGGAAAUAAAGUCCGAUGUUCGGAGGCUUUUGAGGUUUUGUGGACAGCGUGGAAGAUGGAUAUACUCGGAGCGAAAUUUAUUUGCAAUGACGAUAAGAAAGGGCCAUUGAUUUACAUGUUCAAUCCUUACACGAAUAACGCCGGAGAUGAUUGGAAAUUGGAGCGCAUCUACGAUGGUGUUAACAACCAUCCAUGGGCUCUGUUCGUACGAAAAUGUCAUGCAAAUGUCAACAUUUGCCAAAAUAUCGAUUUUGACCAAACGAGGAAUCCCGGUGGAUACGAAUUUCGAGUAACGUCUGGAACCAACAACAUCUUACCGAAUCACACUUCAACUGGCCAGUAUACUAAGGCCAAGUAUUUAAACUACUUCCUCCACAUGAUAUCUCGGCACAUGGAAGUAACAUUGAAAUUUAUUUUGCACGAGAAGAAUGAAACAUUAGGAUUCGUCGAUCAUAAUGGCAAAGGCCACGGUAUGAUACAAGACUUAAUUGAAGGACGAAGCGACAUGUUGAUGCAUGUUAUACCGGUAACAAAGUUCCCAGAACUACCAGGGUCUUCGUGCAUAUCCGUACAGUUUCACGCAGUGACUCGAUACACCGGUUACCCCUCCCAAUGGGAAAAAUUUAUUUCGGCAAUCGAUCCUCCUUCAAGAAUUGGACUGUACAUCGUGAUCCUCGCGAAUUUCAUUUUUUUCAAGUACGCUUUUCGACAAUCAUUUAUGAUAGCUUUUCUUAACACAAUUCGGAUAAUCUGCAACUCUUGUCUCGUCAAGCUUCCCGUCAAAAUGGGUUUGAGAAUUUAUCUCGCAUGUUUGUUCCUAUUCUUCAUAGUUAUUCAGGCAUUGUACCAGGGUGAGCUUGCUGCUCGAUUGACGAAGCACGAACGCUAUCCGAACGUAAAUAAUGAACGUGAUUUAUUAGAAUCUACUUAUAUUAUUUAUGGGUACGAAAUAUAUAUCUUAUUUUUCAAUGGAAUCGCCUACAUAGGUCGUUUUGUCCCGCUGAAAGACACCAAUUCUUGUUUAAAUAAUUACGUUCUACACAACUCGUCAAUCGCUUGCAUCGGUCUGCUAGAUAUUUUAGUGAACCCUGCCAUCGAACAUAAGCUUCAUGUAUCAAAGAACCCGAUCGCACAGUUCCAGAUGAAAUUUCCAGUUGGGAAAAACCUACCUUUGGAAGAAAAACUUAAUCGAUUGUUAUUGAAUUACAUGAAAUCCGGCAUUCCCGAUUAUAUUAAGGAAACUAUUUUUACUGACGAAAUGCAUACUUUGGAUUUCAAUGAAAACGGAAUUGACGAUCAAAGUUUCAAAGUCAUAAUGCUCCGGGAUUUGGAUUUUGCAUUUUUCAUUAUUCCAUUCGGAUUGACAUGUGCGACCAUAGUUUUUCUCAUUGAGUUAUAUGUAUCACGGAAUCGUCCGUCACGUAAGAGAAAACAAGUCCGUUUAGCAUGGCAUUGAAUCGCAAAAUCGAAAUCCGAUCGAGAAGUGUAGGAUUAUUCAGCCUUGUAGGUUCGUUUUGUCGAAAAGCAAAUAAGCAUGAAAAUGUUCGCGCUGUAACGAAACGUGUUUGAAAGUAGUAAAGAAGGGAAGCAAAUCCCUUGAAAUUUAGCAUUCAGCAUUGGACAUUAUCUACCCUGUGUAUGGAUUCCCCAAGAUGCUUUCCAAUGCAACAUUCUAUUUCAGAAGUUUCACGUAAUUAGUCGAUAGUUCAAUUUACGAUAUUGUUAUUUGUAAUGAAUUCUGAUCGCACCUAACUACUACUCAGACUUACUAUACACUUCGACCUUGUCAAUUCGCCGGGUUGAGACCCAAAUAUUUACAAACAUAAUAAUCCAAUUGAUGAACUUACAUCCAGCAAUCGGUUUUGUCGUAACGAUUGAAAUGAGUGCGGUAUUUUAUCAAAAAUAAACUAAUAAAAUUAUUAAAUCUUGUCAUCUACGAAAUGUAAAUCCCCUAGCGGAUUGUAUUUUUUCGGCCGAUGCCUGGUCGUACAAUGCCCUGAGUCCCUUGCAUUUUUAUAUAACCGCUUUAAAUUUUCCCGCCUUUUUAAAAGUUAUUGAAAGUUUCAUGGUAUGAUCGAAAAAGUAUGAAAAAACGACUCAAGUCAUUUUAUUUCCUCCAAGAAACGAAAAAAAUUGAAUUAGUCAAUGAUUUUAUUUCAUGACGCGACACGUUUCGGAAGCUUGACUAUACACCCAACUCACCUGAUCUUUGCCACAUGUUUAGACUAGAAUCCUUUACUAAAUUGUCAUUUAUUUGUUAAACGUUAGUGCAUCUAUCAGAAUUGUUGUGAUGUUUGAAACGAAUGUGAAUUUCUCGAUAAAAUAAACACAUCAUAUAAUCUAU